GUCUCGAAAAAAAAAACUUUGUUGGUGCUGUGAGGCCGGCGCUCAAAAGCGACUCACGCCGCUGAAGAAGGCGAGGGUUUCGCCGUCUGACCUCGCCGCGGAGGUUUCCCCACCCAUUCCAAACCCCGGUCGCCGCCGUUUCCGCCCAGCUCCCCCCUCCCGGCCGGCGCCCCCCUUCCCGGUUCGUCGGCUCCUCCGAGCGCCAAGCCGGGUCUUGAGACUGCCCAAGUUGUGCAGCUGAGAUACUCGAUGGAGGGUCUCCCAGAGCCACUGCUUGGAGAGAUCGUCAAGAGGAUUACCAAGACAAGUGAUCUUAAUUCUCUUUCCCUCGUGUCGAAGCAGCUCUCCACCAUCGAGGCGGAGCACAGGGUUGCUAUCCGUGUUGGCUGUGGACUCAAUCCUUCAACAGAAGCCUUGGUAUCGCUGUUUUCCCGGUUCCCCAAUUUGGCAAAAGUAGAGAUCAAUUACUCUGGGUCGAAGUCCAGUAACGUGGACCAGUUGAACAACCAAGGCCUACUUGUUUUAUCAUCUCACUGCUCCUUGCUGUCCGAUCUUGCUUUAAGCUUCUGCUCAAACAUCGAUGACACUGGUCUAGGUUAUCUAGCUGAGUGCAAAAAAUUGAGGUCCCUCAGGCUGAACCAUGCACCAGCAGUCACUUCUACUGGGAUUCUUCGGGUGGCGGUUGGUUGCAGGUAUCUUUCGGUUCUCCACCUUGUUGACUGUACAGCAGUAGACAGCGGGGAGUGGCUGGAGUACCUUAGGAGGUAUGGAUCACUGGGGGAACUUGUUGUAAAGGAUUGCGAUGGUAUCAGCCAGUAUGACCUCUUAAAGUUUGGCCCAGGAUGGUUGAAUCUCCAAAAGUUUGAGUUCGAGAUUAAUGGAAAUUACUGGGUGCCAGGGGCCCGUGAUCCCUCCUACGUGUCUGGCUACCCAUAUAGCUAUGACAUCUGCUGUGAUAAUCUGAAGGAUCUUAGGCUGGCUCAUAUAAUAACUGAGCCAGAAAUUGGACUUCGUUUUCUCUUGGGGAAGUGCAAAGCAUUGGAGACACUUUACCUGGAGUAUGUUAUUGGUCUAAAUGAGAAUGAGAUGAUUGCACUAUUCCAGAGGUGCAGCAACCUUAAAACCAUCUCACUUCGUCUCAUGCCUCUGCGAUGUGAAGAUGGUGAGUUUAGGACGCCAUUGACUGAUGCUAGCCUUAAGGCUCUAGCUCUUAGCUGCCCUAUGCUUCAGGUUAUUGAGCUCACCUUCACAUUUUGCGAUCCCAUUUAUCCUACUGAAAUAGGCUUCACACAAGAGGGUAUUGUAACGCUCAUCCAAUCAUGUCCGAUUCGUGCUCUUGUUCUAAAUGGUGCCAGCAUUUUUUAUGACGAGGGGAUGAAGGGCCUCUCAUCCUCACAGUUUCUGGAGAAGCUCGAGCUCGUGGAUUGCAGGUCUAUAACUGAUGCUGGUAUGAACUUGAUUAUACAGGCUCCUCGCUUGAGCAGUCUCACGCUCCGCAAAUGUAAGAGAGUGACAGAUGAUGGAAUGGCUGCCUUGGCACGUGCACAGAAGCUGGAGUGGCUGACCGUUAUAAGCUGCCGCCGGAUCUCUCAGGAAGGCGCGCAGAGAGCUGCCAAAUCAGUUCAUUACUCUGCGGAGGCUGAAAGCCAUGACAGCCUAAAAGGAAUGAUCGCCAAAAGUAGGGCUGGAAUUCGAGCCGAGUCGAGCAAGCUCGGCUCGACUCGCUAGAGCUCGUUUCAUUAACGAGCUAGCUUGACUCAACUCAUUAUUAUAACAAGCUCAAAUCCAAGAUUGGCUUGACUCGUAUAACUCACGAGCUGGCUCGUUUAGCUUGUUAAGCUCGUUAAAAAUAUGAACAUAAAACUCUCAAAUAUUAUAAAAAUAAUUGUGUAUAUAUUAAACAUAUAUAUAUCACUAACAAUAAUAAUUUCCUUGUAAUGCAUGAGUCUCCUAGGCGGUUGGGCCUUCAACAGCUAGGCCUUGUGUUGUGCGUCUAGGACAUAGGGUGCUGAGUGGCUGAUCUUUUUUUGUAUUGGGAGUGACUGAUCUUUUGUACCGAGCCUAACGAGUUACACGAGUACUCGUGAGAUUGGCUCAUUUAACUUGGUCUAUAAACGAUCUUAAACUAAAGCUUGGCUCGACUCGUUAUUCUUCGAGUUCGAGUCGAUUCGAGCCGAGUCACGAGCUACUCGUUUAGCUCAUGAGCUUCGAGCUUUUUUUCUAGCCCUAGCCAAAAGGAAAGGAUAGCAGACACACCAAUCAUUGUUGGGUUUAUCCUUUAGCCUUCACUUCGGAGAUUGAAGCUGUAUCUGUCAUUUUCUCUUCUGAUGAGUUCCUGCACUCCAGAUUUCUUCUUCUGAUGAGUCCGAACAUGCUUCUGCUUCUAUGUGCACCUUUGCGUUGUUUCUGUUUGUAAGGUCUCCUCCUUGCCCUGAGAUCUCAAAACAUGGCACCCUUUAAUUUUGUUUUAUAGCUGUGAUGGGGUUCGGAUUUUGAAAGAAUGCCAGGAUCUAUUGGCUGCUUGAAAAUGCACGUGUUAUUGUAAUAUUGUCUGGUCAUCACGUAGUCUUGCUUUUUUUAAGAUUUAUAAUCAUCUUUGUAAUCUUGGCUGCUGCUUUUGUUAUCAGAGACUCUUUUGUCCCUUGUUUAUGCUUUGUGCCUAAUAAUGGAAUGCAGAAAAAUCUGGAGCACAUUUAAUAAAAAUCCGAAGGUGCCACUGAAAGAAAG